ACAGACUGAAUAAUAAAGUAGUUAACCUUCUCGUCUCUGUCCCCUACCAUUCGCCAUGCCUCCGAAGUUCAAGCGGCACCUCAAUGAUGAGGAGGUCACCGGCUCCAUAAAGAGCGAGAGGUGUGCAGAACCAGGUGGACGAGGUCAUUGAUGUGAUGCAGGAAAAUAUCACCAAAGUGAUAGAACGAGGAGAGAGGUUGGAUGAGCUGCAGGAUAAGUCAGAAAGUUUAUCAGAUAACGCGACAGCAUUCAGCAGCAGAGCGAGACAUCUCCGAAGACAAAUGUGGUGGCGGGAAUGCAAGAUGAAAGCAAUCGUCGUGUUGGUCUUUGUCUUCAUCCUGCUUGUCAUUAUCGUUCCCAUCAUCCUGAAGUAUCGCUCAUAACCCUCUGGAUAUAUGGGCCGUUCCGCUCAGUCUGGGGGGUCCCCUAACAGGAACUCUGUACAAUCUUUUCUUAUAACUCUUCAGUUUCCUCUCCUCCGAGUUAAAGGGACCAGCUCAGCAAAUCCGCAUGGACUAUAAAUUCCUGAACUGAAUAUAUGAAAAGGAGAAAGAAGAACUGAAGAUUCCGUGUUACUGCUUUUCCUUCUUUUACUGUGUUUUCGGUCGGUUCGGUAACACAUUUUGCACAAAGCGAAAGGGUAGAGUUGUCGGUGGUCCAUCUGGACGCAGCAUAGUCUGCCUGGGGCAGGACAAGGUUUCGAGUCACAUGAUUCUUCGUCAGGAUGUAUGCUGAUGAAGCGUCACGACUCGAAACACGUCAAGGCUCGUUUCGAGUCACAUGACUUUUCAUCGUGAUGCAUGUUGAUGAAGAGUCUCGAAGUGCGCCAUGUCUAUAGUUUCUCUGCUAUAUUAUUCGUGUACUUCAGUUUUGAAGUCACUGGGGGGGAAAAAGCCACAAAAAAACAGCAAACAAUACACCUCAAAAAUGUUAAAAGAUGGGGAAAAUCGGAACCACGCAAAUAGGAUUUGUAAAAUUUUUACAACAUUUUUUGUUCUGUUGGAUUUUUCCAGCCUAAAGGUGGGUCCACCCCGCGUAAAAUCCGGCGUGUAUUUUAUUUGACGUGCCGACUUGCCAGGAAAAUGCGCCAGUGAUCUGUAAAAUAAGAUGUGGCUGCGUUUUUGCAGGAUAUUCGUGCGUAAAAUUCAAUGAGCGCCAAAAUUUGACCUUUGUGUGAACCCAGCCUAAGGCUCAGCUCAGACAAAAAAACUGCAGUAAAAUAGAUUUCAAAAAGGAACUUUAAAAAAAAAAAAAUUAAAAAAUUUUUUUUUUUCCUAUGUGUUCCAUUAAAGUCUAUGAAAAAGCGUUGUCGGUGCAAAAUGGCAAAAGAUCACUAAUAAAAAUUUAAAAAAUGAAUUUUUUUCCCAAAACAGCGCCAUAUCUUUCGCCAGGUUGUGUGUGGUAUUGCAUCUCAGUUCCAUUGAAGUGAAUGGAGACAAGUUGUAAUACCACACCCAACCUGGGGACAGACAUGGAGCUGUUUUUUGAAAAAAAUUAGCUCUGUUUUUCUAUGCCUGGAUAACCCCUUUAAGCUUUUUUGUAAAUUUAAGCUAUGUCCGCCAAGUUGGCAGGGCUUGCUGUGGAGGGGGCGUGGUUUGACGGGAAGGGGGUGUGACAACUCCCAUGCGCCAAAUUUACUAUAAUUUUCUAAUUUUCUGAGAAUUUUCAUGAGAUUUCCUCCCAUGCGCCUGGAUAAAUCAAGAGGCAUGCACGAACUCCUGUGCUGGCUGGAUUAUUUAUUUAUUUAGACCGCCAUGUGAGACUCUGGUCUUGAUAAAUCUGCGCAUUUUGUAUUUAUUUAUAAAAUAAUAAUAAUUAAUGGUGGUCAUUCUAACAUUAGAAACACUGCAGGUUUUUUUUUUUUAAAUUGAAUUUUUUUUAAAAAUAAAUACAAGGUGUAAACACAGUCGCUUUUCCAUAGACUAUAAUGGAACACAUUCUGAGAUUUAAAAAAAAAUCAUUUUUUUUUCUAUUUUACUAUUUUUUUUUUUUUUUUACAAUUUUACAACGCCUUUAACUUAAAUCUGCGAGCGAAAAAAAAUCCGGCAUUUCCGCCCUAUGUGAAUUAGGGGUUAUUAUAAGGCUGGCUUUCUGAUACUCCAUGGCUUGCUUUGCCCCCUUUCCCAACCAGAGCGCCUCCAGCUGUUGCAAAA